CUGACUCCACCGAGCAGCUGCUGGGUUCCCAACAACAAAGAACAGAACCAGCAACGCUGCUGUCACCGCUGCAGCCCGCUUCUGUUGCAUCAGACCCGGUUCUGCUCGGGUCCGCCCCCGACUUCCUGUUCAAAAUCGUUCUGUUUGGCCAAGAAAACAAACAAAAGGCCUUUCGACCCGUGACCUUUGGCCCCUUGACUGGGGCGACGAGAGCCCACCCCUCUGACACCACCCGCCUGCAUCCUCCCUCCCCACCCGUGUGAUGCUGGACAGGAUGUCGCCGUGACAACGGGAUAAACAGACGACAACAAAUCUCCAGCUCAUUUUGAACCGGCGCAAGAAGCAGCAGCAGCAAAAGAAGAAGAAGAGACAGACGAGGCCUUCAGAUCUUCCAACAUGGCGGAGAAUUCGGAGACCUUUGACCUGCUGGAGGCUUUCAAGAAGUUCGCCAUCCACGGCGACACCAAGGCCACCGGGAACGAGCUCAACGGGAAGAACUGGGCCAAACUGUGCAAGGACUGCAAGAUCACUGACGGCAAGAACGUGAGCAGCACCGAUGUGGACAUCGUCUUCUCCAAAGUCAAGCAGAAGUCGGCUCGCAUCAUCACCUUUGAGGAGUUCCAGCUGGCUCUGCAUGAGUUGGCCCCGAAAAGGUUCAAAGGCAAAACUCAUGACGAGGCCCUCCGGUCCAUCUUCAACCUGGUGGAGGCGGGGGCUCCCAGCAACGUGGGCGUGACGAAAAUGUCGAAGGCGGGAGGAGUGGACCGACUGACCGACACGUCGCGCUACACGGGCUCGCACAAGGAGCGCUUCGACGACAGCGGCAAGGGCAAAGGCCGCGAGGGCCGCGAGGAUCUGGUGAGCAACACGGGCUACGUUGGCGCCUACAAGGACGCCGGGACCUACGACGCCAAGGUGAAGGAUUUCAAGUGAGACCACGCCCACUCGCUGGCAGGAAGUUGAAGCACUUAGGUCGGGAUGGAACCUGUGUGUGUGUGUGUGUGUGUGUGUGAGUGUGUGUGUGAGUGUGUUUGUAUUCAUCACAAUAUGGGGACAACUCAUUGUUUACACAGUUACGUCGUGGGGACCAAAAUCACAAAAUCCUUGUCUUCGUAACGUAAACUCUCAAAUUGUUCAAACCAAUCCGAAAUAAAGUUUUAGCUUUGGCCAAUAACACACAGAUUUUGGUGUGUGUGUGUGUGUGUGUGUGUGUGUGGGUGUGUGUGGCCUCGACGCAGCGACUUCCUGCCAGAGGUUGCGUCCCCAUGUAAAAGGUCUGAUUUUUAAAGGGAAACUGCACCACUGUCGAUGUCUACUUCCUGUGUGUAAUGUCCACAUAUGUUCAUUCGAUUCAUCUCACUCUUGCUAACAUCAUUUCUUUAUACCUCCUUUCUUACUGAUGAAUAAUAAAUGUAUUCCAUCACCAUGACAAGUUGCUUAAUGGAAAAAUAAAAGCUAUAACAAAAA